AAAAAGUGGCAGCAAGUGUAUAUCGUAAAUAUCCUUAAAAGUACUCAUAUAUCCUUUUGUGUGAGUUAAUUUUGAGCUACAACCAAUUCAGGAUGUUCCGUUCAUCAAAUUUCGAGAAGCUUUUGGACAAUGCCACGAGCCACCUUCACCUGGAGCCGGACUGGCCGUCCAUCAUGAUGAUUUGCGACCAGAUCAGGCAAAAUGACAUUGCGCCCAAGCAAGCCAUCGCGUCUAUCAAGAAGAAGAUGCUGUCCCCGAAUCCGCACAGCGCCAUGUACGCCCUGAUUCUGCUGGAGAGCGUGGUGAAGAACUGCGGUGCCCCCGUGCACGAGGAGAUCAGCACCAAGGUGAAUUGCGAGAUGUUCACGAACCUCGUGAACAACACGCCUCACGAGAAUGUGCGCAACAAGAUGUUGGAAUUGAUCCAGUGUUGGGCUUAUGCUUUCCGGACGUCUCAGAAGUACAAGGCAGUGAAGGAUACUAUGACCAUCCUGAAGCUGGAGGGGCGACACACUUUUCCCGAGCUGAAGGAAGCCGACGCGAUGUUCACUUCUGACACUGCGCCUGAUUGGGCGGAUGGCGAUGUGUGUCAUCGCUGCCGCGUGACAUUCUCAUUUACGCUGCGCAAGCACCACUGUCGCAAUUGUGGGCAAGUGUUCUGCAACCAGUGCUCCUCCAAGACGUGCACACUGCCCAAGUUUGGGAUUGAGAAGGAGGUGAGAGUGUGCGAGGCGUGCUUCAUGCAGCAGCAGCAGAAGCCAGCGGGCGCCAAGCCGGCCGGUCGUCCGGCGGAGAGUGAUUUACCAGCUGAAUAUCUGGCCAGCUCGCUGGCGCAGCAGACGCAAACGCCGCCACGGAAGACGGACCAGGAGCUGCAGGAGGAGGAGGAAUUGCAAUUAGCACUGGCUCUCAGUCAGUCGGAGGCUGAGAGCAAGGUAAAGACGACUACAGCGGUGCGUCAGUACACCAAGAGCCCGAGUCCUGAGGCUCCAGUGAAGCACAAUCUGAGUCCCACUGAUGAUCCGCCGUCGGAUCCUGAGCUUUCGCGAUACCUCAAUCGCAACUACUGGGAGCAGAGACAGCCGGUGACUGAGUCUCCGGCCAGUCCGUCGGCGCCGAGCUCAGUGCAGAGCUUGCCGCCGGUGAAGGUGAGCGCCGAGGACACGGAAAUCGAUGACUUCUCCAACACGAUGAAGACACAGGUGGAGAUCUUCGUGAAUCGCAUGAAGUCCAACUCGAGUCGCGGCCGGAGCAUCUCCAAUGACAGUUCCGUGCAGACGCUCUUCAUGAACCUCACGUCCUUCCACUCGAAAUUGCUGGGCUACAUCAAGGAGAUGGACGACAAGAGGAUGUGGUAUGAACAACUGCAGGACAAGCUGGCGCAGGUGAAGGACUCUAGAGCGGCGCUCGAUGUGCUGCGACAGGAGCACCAGGAGAAGUUGCGACGCAUGGCGGAGGAGAUGGAACGCCAGCGGCAACUGCAGAUGGCGCACAAGCUGGAGAUUAUGCGGAAGAAGAAGCAGGAAUAUCUGCAGUAUCAGCGUCAGUUGGCACUGCAGCGCAUUCAAGAGCAGGAGCGUGAGAUGCAGCUGAGACAGGAGCAGCAGAAGGCGCAGUACAUGAUGGGGGCGCAGAGCUUCCCAUACAUGCCACAGAACGCCGCGCCAGCCAAUCAACACGGUUCCCCAAUUCAUCAGAUGGCUAAUCAGGGUGUCUAUCCGCCCUAUGGCUUCAAUCAGAUGCAGCGCUUUCCGCCUGGAGGCAAUCCAAUGUACGCGCCUGGACAGAAUCCUGUGCAGCAGAUGGUGAAGCCUCCGCAGCCCGGGCAACAGCCUCAGCAGCCCUUCAUGGCGCCCCCGCAAGCACCCAUGAUGAUGAUGAUGAAUCCCAACACACCCAUGCCGGGUCAACCCGGAAUUGACAUGACGAAAGGAGUGCCUGGUCAAAUGGUAGCGCCGCCGAUGAGUCAGGGAGGGGCUCCGCCGCCACCUCAUCAGGCCGCGGAGCAGCAAAUGCCACCGGCAAGUGGUGCUUUUCCACCUGGAAUGCAGCCACCGAAUCCACCACAGCAAGCGCUGCCGGGAAUGCCGAUGUCGGUGCCUCAACAGCCUCCGCAAUCCAGCAUGCCGCCGACUAUCAUGGCGCAGCAGCAUCCGCAGAUGAUUCCUCCAGGUCCUCCGCCGCAGCAGCAACAGGCCCCAAUUCCCCAUCCAGCGCCGCAGCAGGAGAACAGUCCCACGAGUCCGGCCAAGACAGAAGUGAGCACAGCCGAGCUGAUUAGCUUCGACUAGGUGACUAUCGCGGUGUUUUACCAAUAAAUUAUCAUACUAUUCGCUUGUCACGAUGGCAUUAGAGCCACACAAACUAAGAGAUUCUCCAUAUUUGCGUAUGAUUCACUGUGGAUGAUGCUAAAUAUUUGUCCAAUGUUCCAAUCCACUGAACGCGAUGUGGGUGAGAUUAAAGAAAAAUCACUUGUAUUUGAAUAUUAAAUGAAACAUAAAGGUAAAUUAAGUGCAUUCAUCCUGCACACGUGGCCGUGAAGAGGGAAGAGUGUGGCCACUUGUGUUUGCGCGUCGGUUAAAGCUGUGAACUUUUGCUCGUGGUAUUUGUUGAGUUGGAGGUUUUCACAGGGGAAAGUCACUAGCCGAUUUCUGAAGAAUCCUUAUGGUCUCAUUUAAAUAUUUGAAAAAUGAACAUUUUCACAAGUAAAAUGACAAAUAUUAAAUAUUUCGGCCACAAUUCAACAUGAAUUUAAAUAUCAAUAUAUUAUGGUGGCAAUUAGUUUUUUUCACGCUGAGAUAUCCAUUUUUAUUCAUGUAUGCCGUCUUAAUGACCAAAUAUCAGUCUCAUUAAAGUCUCCCAAUCUUUCAGCGAUAAGAUAAGUGAUAAUGACUAGAUAAGGGCUAAUAUCAGUGAAAAUUCGAAGACAUUGCACUUCUGCAGUGAAAAGAAACAUGGCGCAAUAAACUUAACGGUAGUGAAAAAUCGGUGGAAGAAAUGUUCUGCAUAGAAUCACACAAUUAUAUCAUAACAGCUAAGAUCAGGGAAAGCUGACAAAGGAAGGUUUUGAAAACGCCGAUAAAUCUGUGAAAACAAUCAAGUUUAAGUUUCUACGUGCCAAAAAUGGUCAGAAUUCAUACACAUCAAGUAUUGAGUGCUUUGUGUGUGAACAUAUGCUGAAAGUUACAAGGAAUAUUCAAAAUUAAAAUAAAAAUCACAAAUAUUAAAAAAAUUAUUGUAUUCAUAAAGUUAAUGGUUGGAAUUCACUAGUGACUUUCCCCUUGAGAUUUUCCGGAGAUGAAUUUGUAUGAGGAAUGAUUGUGGUUGCAAGCAAAGGGUUUGUUUUAGGAAUUCCCGCCAUUUCGCUAUAGGAAGUGGACUAAUCGGUCACUAAGGAGCACCGCAAUUAUAUCUAUUUUGCAUGUUAUUUCACGCAUUAAUGAGCGAGUGUAUUUUUCACAAUGUGAAUUGUAUGUAAUUUUCCAGGCGCAUCUCCGUCAUUAUUGCGGUAUCUUAACUGCGGUUAAUUGCAAUGCUUAACCAUGAAGACGAUUUUGGAGUGAUAACAGUCGAAUUCACACGGAAAACUUGUGUGAUUUGGUCGGAAAAUCUGUUGUGAAAGAAAAUCAGUCGAAAUGCGACAGUGUGGAAGGGGUAGAAAGUGGAGGAAAACAAACAGAUCAACAGAGUCUGACUAAGCAAAUAUUGACAAAUUAAAUGUAAUGCGGGAUUGAAUUAUUUAUUAUGUGAUAUUUGCUCUCGAAGUGAUUUUUUUUUGGUCUUCUUGUCUUGAUUCUUUGGUGCAGAAGAACACUUAGCAGAACACGGAAAUGCGGAGGUGCGGUUUUGAGGGUUAUUUCUGUAAAUUUGCCAAAGAGUGAAAUGAACCUUUGAGUGCCGAACUCGAGACGAAAUCUUCCUGGAAGACUCGUCUCAAGUGAGGAUAAAGUAACACAAUCAUAACAAAUCUGCAUUCUUGGUUGAUUGUUUUAGUUUGCUGAAUUAAUAGGGAAUACCAUAAAUUGAUUGAUUGUUUGAAAUGGAAAGUGUUUUCCCAACGCGUGGGAGAAUGAGAAGUUUUCCAGCGCU